AUGAACGAAUACGAUUUAGCAGAAAAAUAUUAUCGUGAUUUACUGAAAAAACUUCCACCAAAUGAUCCAUCACUUCCUUCAUUGUAUUAUAAAUAUGGUUUACUCAUAAAAGAGAAAGGUGAUUACGAUUCAAGUCUUCAAUGGUUUCAUAAAUCAUUAGAAAUGUCUCUACGUACAACUCCAUCUGAUUAUAUCAAUAUUGCUGGUACAUACUGUUGCAUAGGUGAUUACAAUGAAGCAUUGAAUUGGUAUAAUAAAGGUAUUGAAUUAUUCAAACAAGCAAAUGAUGAGAAUGAUCCAAACAUGGCAAAUUUAUAUAAUAAUAUGGCUGACGCAUACAGAAAACAGAUGAAGUAUUCGGAAGCAUUAAAUUUAUUCGAAAAAGCACUUCUUAUCGAGGAAAAAAAUUUACCUCCAAAUCAUCUAGAUUUAGCUAUCACUCAUUAUAACAUUGGCUGUACUCAUAAUCGUCUCGAUCAUUAUGAUCUUGCUUUAAAACAUGUCAAUCUAUCUUUACAAAUCAGAUUGAAAUCACUUCCUUCUCAUCAUCCUGAUAUUGCUGUGACCUUUCAAUGUUUAGGUCUUCUACAUGAAGAUAGAAAUGAAUUCAACGAAGCAUUAUUUUACUAUGAAAAUGCUGCUACUAUCUACCAUCAAUCAUUACCAUGUCAACAUCCAAAAGUAAAGAAAAUUGACGAAGUUAUUCAACGUGUUUAUUGUCAACUUAAAUAA